AUGGCCGGCCAAGCCUCCGACCUGCCCACGCCGCCCCCCGAGCGCUUGGGCGUCCCCUCGCGCAACCCUCUCCCGCUCUCCGCCUCGCAGGAGUCGCAGGUGCGCGACAUUUACUACGCGCGCGUCCGCAAGCAAUGCGCCGAGGAGAUUAAAGCCUUUGCCGCGUGCGCCCUCGGCCGCACCUUCACCGUCUCCUUCGCCUGCCGCGCCGAGCACCGCGUCAUGAACGGCUGCAUGAAGCUGCACGCCAACCAGGCCGAGCACGACGCCGCCCGCGAGGAGUGGUUCGCCAUGCGCCUCGAUCGCCAGCGCCAGCGCGAGGCCCGCAGCAAGGUCGCCGCCGCCCAGGAGGAGUUCAUGCACGACUGGUGGGGCCUGCCCGAGGACGUCCGUUUGUCGCGGCAGCGCGACGCCGAGAAGAAGGGCAAGGCCGCGCCGGCGCAGGAGAGGAUCGGCGGCAUGCCGGCCAAGGACCGCCCGCUCGACGGCAACCGAUGA